AUGGAGAAUGUACGAUCCGGACGUACCGGAAAUGCUGCUGCUGCUGUUGGGGCUUCUGCUGCUGCCUCGGGCGCUGAUGCGUUUGCCGCUCCCCCUCACUUUGCGAUCGAUCCAUUCGACAGAAACAAAUUACGAUGGACUCGAUGGGUUGAGCGAUUAGAAACAGCGAUGUGGAUUCAUGGUGUAAGAGACGAAGAGAUGCGGAGGAAUUUGCUGCUCCACCAUAUGGGACCGGAAACCUAUGACGUCAUUUGCGACAGGAUUGCUCCGGAUGCUCCCCGUGCAAAAACCUUCCAGGAAAUCGUUGGCAUUUUGGAAGCACACUACAAUCCCCAGCCCCUCGAAGUUGCUGAAAAUUUUCGUUUCAUCAAUCGCCAUCAAGGUGAUGCUGAUGCAGUUUCUCCGGAAGAAUCAGUUGAUGAUUAUUUGGUUGCCCUCCGACGAAUAGCAGUGUCAUGCGAUUUCGUUAGAUUCAACUAUCUCGAACGUGCAUUACGGAAUCAGCUGGUAUUUGGAGUCAAGCGGAGUGAUAUUCGAGCUCGAUUGCUAGAAACUCGAAACCUUACCCUCCAGCAGGCUCGUGACAUUGCUGUGAGUAUGGAGCUGUCUCGGAAAAGUGGAGCAGAAAUAGAAGGGAACUCAUCACGACAAGAUGUAAACGCUGUGCAACGAUCAAAGGGCAACAUCAAAAGUGCGAAUAAAAACUGUAGGGAAAAGUCCUUAUCGGAAAAUCAAAAAGCUUCUUGUUUCCGUUGCGGAGACGAACUGCACUUUGCAAAUAAGUGUAAAUAUAAAAAUACAUUGUGUUUGUUCUGCGGAAAAAAAGGACAUUUGGAGAAAGUUUGUAUGGCCAAAUCCGCUGGGAAGAAAUCUGGCAAAGUACAUGCAAACUAUCUUGACAAUGAUUCCGAUAGUGAAGAUUCUGGUAGUAUUGAAAUUCGUGAAGUUUGUAACGUGGACAAGAUGCCGCGAUAUGGCAAAAUCUGGUUAAACGUUCGCGUAAACGACGUGGAAAUUCGGUUCGAAGUCGAUACUGGAUCGCCGGUCAGUAUCAUUAAUGCCCAAUGCUGGAAAAAACUGUUGCCAAGUGUACGUUUGAACAAUUGUGAUACGAAUCUCGUAAGCUACUGUAAUACCAGCAUUAAAGUUUUGGGUAUUCUCGAAGUGCUCGUAAAAGUUGGAACAAACAGUGAAACUCUUCCCCUUUACGUUGUGGAUUCCGGAAAACAUCCACUUCUCGGGCGCGAGUGGUUAAAGAAAAUGACCGUCGAUUGGAACAAGAUACUUCCACGCGCGAGUGAAGUGAAUUUGGUUGCUGCUACCCCCUGGAAUGCCGCCCUGCAAAAAGUGCUGGAUAAAUAUCCAAAAGUGUUCGAUGAUUCGAUCGGAAAAAUUUCUAAAGUGCAAGCCUCUUUACCGCUGAAGAAAGAUGCGAAACCAGUGUUUUUGAAGGCAAGGAAAAUACCGUUUAACAUGCAGAAAGUGGUCGAAGAAGAAUUGGAUUCCCUAGUUGCCGAGGGCGUACUUACUAAAGUUAACCAGAGCAACUGGGCUACGCCUAUAGUUCCGGUGAAAAAGUCCCAUAACCGAGUUCGCAUCUGCGGGGACUACAAACAGACGGUUAACCCGAACCUUGUGGUGGAUAAACAUCCGUUGCCUACUGCGGACGAGUUAUUUGCCUCUUUAGCUGGUGGCGAUAAAUUCUCAAAAAUCGACCUCGUUCAAGCUUACUUGCAGCUGGAAGUCGAUCCAGAGGAUAGAGAAAUUUUGACACUGAGUACUCAUCGAGGAUUGUACCGGCCAAACCGCCUUAUGUAUGGUGUUGCAUCGGCUCCUGCAAUUUGGCAACGCCAGAUGGAAAGUAUUUUGCAAGGCAUCGAGGGUGUCAGUGUUUUCCUCGACGACAUCAAGGUUACCGGACCAGAUGACCAAACACAUUUGCUGCGCCUUGAGCAAGUUCUCCGGCGAUUGAAUGACCGGAAUAUUAGAGUGAAUAGAUCGAAGUGCGAUUUUUUUGUGAAGAAGAUAGAAUACUGUGGAUACUUGAUUGACAAAGAAGGAAUCCACAAAAUACACAAGAAAAUCGAAGCCAUCCAAGAUAUGCCAAGACCCAAAAACAAGGACGAGGUUCGGUCGUUUGUCGGAUUAAUAAAUUAUUAUGGGCGCUUCUUUGAAAAUCUGAGUACUGUGUUGUAUCCUUUGAAUAAUUUACUUAAGAACGACGUUCCUUUCGACUGGAAUAAAAAAUGUGAAGAAUCUUUCAAGAACGUGAAGUCACAGAUGCAGUCCGAUAAUUGUCUUGUGCAUUAUUCACCCGAUCUGCCCCUGCUGCUAGCCACGGACGCCUCUCCGUAUGGGGUCGGAGCUGUAUUGAGCCACAUUUACGCAGACGGUACGGAACGUCCGAUACAAUUCGCGUCCCAAACAUUGAACCGGGUACAGCAAAACUACAUGCAAGUGGACAGAGAGGCGUACGCCAUCAUAUUCGGUGUCAAGAAAUUUUUUCAAUUCUUGUAUGGCCGAAGCUUCACUCUGAUAACAGACAACCAAGCGAUUACAAAAAUCUUCGGAGAGCAUAAAGGGUUGCCAGUCAUGUCUGCUCUUCGAAUGCAACAUUAUGCAACCUACCUGCAAUCGUUCGACUAUCAAAUACGCUUCCGGAAAUCUGCAGAUCAUGGUAAUGCAGAUGCUUUAUCUCGGAUUCCAGUAAAAGAUACUGAUCCUGACAAAAUGAUUGAGGAGACGGAUGUGAUCGAAAUGAAUCAAAUCGAUACGCUUCCAUUAACUCCAGCCGAACUCGCCCAAGCUACAGCCGAAGAUCAGACGGUACGUAUCCUUAUACAGGGAAUCAAACAUGGCCAACAAGUUCAAGGUCGUGAUCGCUUUGGAGUAGAUCAAACUGAGUUCUCAUUACAGAAAGGUUGUCUACUACGAGGAAUCCGAGUCUACGUGCCCCCACCCCUCCGGAAACGGGUAUUAGAAGAGCUGCAUUCUACUCACUUUGGAACAACACGUACCAAAUCCUUAGCCAGGGGCUAUUGUUGGUGGGUCGGGUUGGAUCAAGCAAUAGAAGAGAUGAUCCUCAACUGCGCUGAUUGUCAAGCUGUACGCCCGGAACCCGCUAAGAUGAGACUUCAUUGUUGGGAAACUCCUACUGAACCUUUCCAGAGGGUUCAUGUUGACUUCGCUGGACCGUUCCUCGACACCUACUUCUUUAUACUCGUUGACGCCUACAGUAAGUGGCCGGAGAUCAAAGUCUGCAAAUCGACCACAGCCGAAAGUACAGUGAUAAUGUGCCGUGAGAUUUUUAGCACUUUUGGGAUACCUUCGGUACUUGUUAGCGAUCACGGAGUGCAGUUUACGUCGGAUCUGUUUCAACAAUUCCUCAGAAUGAACGGUGUAGUCCAUAAGAUGGGUGCACCUUACCACCCAGCUACCAAUGGGCAAGCUGAGCGUUACGUUCAAACAUUCAAACAGAAGCUUAAAGCUCUGAAGUGCUCCAAGUCUCAACUUAACCUGGAAUUAUCCAAUAUUUUGCUUACCUAUCGCAAAAUGCUGCAUCCAACUACAGGCCAAUCGCCGUCCAUGUUAAUGUUCGGUAGACAAAUACGUUCAAGACUAGAUCUUAUGUUGCCGAAAAAUGAGAUCAUUGCGCCUACCAAUUAUGCUGUGCGGCAGUUUGAAGACGGUGACCGUGUGAGAGUACGAGACUUCCUGUCCAAAGACAAAUGGAAGUUUGGACGAAUCAUCGAAAAAGUUGGAAAGCUGCGUUAUUCUGUUCGCCUCGAUGACGGUCGUCUUUGGGAACGCCAUAUUGAUCAUGUGGUUGGUGUAGGCAACAAUCUUCCUGAAUCGGUGGAUCGUCCUAGGCUGGAGAAAGGCGCCGAAUAUCAUCCGGUUACUGAAAGUGCGGUACCUAGAGUUGCAAGUCCGACAAUGCAAGGUGCUGCUGCAAAUUCCGAAACAACAAGGGCUGCUGUUCCUUCGGUGGUAAACACCAGUGAUCCUUUGGCGGCAAGUGCUGCCUCCGAAGUACCAGGCGGUGCUGCAGUAGGUGGAAUACGACCAGGGUCCCUUCAACGACCAGGAACUUCAACGGUGUCACCAGCUAGUGAUAGUGCUACGCCUCCAAGGCGUUCGACAAGAGUGAUUAAACCUCCCCAGAGACUCAAUCUCUAG